CGCGGCCGCGCAGUACCGCACCGACGCCCGUGCCGCGCGCGUGUUGCAGACGCGACAUUACAAAUUACUUGUUUGAGUCAAAAGCGCGCGGGAAUUGACUCAAUUGACAGUGCUUUUUUUAAGUUUAUUUUAAAUAUUAAAUCGUGAUGAAGGGACAAGCAAAGAGGUUUAUCAACCACAAAGGAAAAGCCUACGAGAUGGGUGCCAAAAAAAAGGAAAACAGUGAUAAUAUAGGAUUUUUCCAAAUGUGGCGCUACGCGCGGCCGGUGGAGAUCCUGGCGACAGUUGUGGGCGCGCUGACGGGGUCGGUGAGCUCGUGCGCGCUGCUUUGCGCCAUCGUGGCGUACGGGGAAGUGACGUCACUGUUCGUGCAACGUCACAAAGCCGCCGCCACGCCGCGCCACCUGUACAUACUGCCGCUGUUCGGAGGGGGGGCCACGCUUGCAGAAGGCAACCGGCCGGCGCACAUGGACGCGCUGGUGGACGACUCGCUGGCGUUCGGGCUGGCCAGCCUCGCCAUCAUGGCGGCGCAGCUCACCACCGCCGCCGUCGCCGUCACGCUCGCCAACUGGGCCGCCGCUAGGAUGGUGUCUCGACUGCGGCUGCGCCUGCUGCGCACCGUCAUCACGCAGGAGGUCGCAUUCUUCGACACCAACACCGACAUGAACUUCGCUACUGCGCUUACAGAAGACAUGGACAAGCUGAAGGCAGGCGUGGGCGAGCACGUGUCGAUGACGGCAUUCCUGUGCGGCACCGUCGUCAUCGGCUCCGCGCUGUCGCUGUACUACGGCUGGCAGCUCACGCUCGCCGGGCUGUCCGUCGUGCCUGUGGCUAUACUCGUGGCCGCCGUCGUGUCUAAGUACCAAACAAAAUGCUCCGAACAAGAAGUGAAGGCAUACGGCUCGGCCGGGCGCGUGGUGGAGGAGGCGCUGACCGCCAUCAAGACCGUGCGCGCCUACGCCGGCGAGGAGAAGGAACUGGAGAGGUACGGCUCGUCGCUGGUGGGCGCGGAGCGCGCGGCGCGGCGGCGCGGGGUGUGGGCGGGCGCGGGCGCGGGGCUCGGCUGGCUGCUGACGUACGCGCUCAACGCUAUAGUCUUCGCGCUGGGAGCCGCCUUGUGUGUGAGGGACAUGGACCUGCCGCCGGAGGAGCAGGAGUACCACCCUGGAGUCAUGCUCACGAUCCUCUUCUGCACGUUCAUGGCGGCUCAGAACAUCGCCAUGUGCCAGCCACACUUGGAAACCUUCUCUACCGCCCGCGGCGCCGCCAAGUCUCUCUUCAAGCUGCUGGAGCGCCGCUCCAAGGUGGACGCACUGGCCAGCACGGGCGCCAAGCCGGAGCGGUUCCAAGGGAACAUCACGUUUGAGAACCUGUACUUUAAUUACCCGUCGAGGGCUGAUGUUAAGGUUCUGCGCGGGCUCAACCUGAAGGUCACAGCUGGGGAGACAGUAGCGCUGGUGGGUGGCUCAGGCUGUGGUAAAUCCACGCUUCUGCAGCUGCUGCAGCGGCUGUAUGAACCUGACUCAGGGCACAUCACCGUGGACGGACACAAGCUGACUGAUCUGGACGUGCACCACUUUAGGAGGAGCAUCGGCGUGGUGGGCCAAGAACCGGUUCUGUUCAGCGGCACGGUUCGAGAAAACAUCCUGAUCGGGCUGGAGGGAGUGAGCGAGGAGCGCAUGAUAGCCGCCGCCAAGCUGGCGCAUGCUCACCAGUUCAUCACCAAGCUGGCCAAUGGUUACGACACAGAGCUGGGCUCAGGUGGUGCGGCGCUGUCAGGUGGACAGAAGCAGCGCGUGGCCAUCGCGCGCGCCGUCGUGCGCAACCCAAGUAUACUGCUGCUGGACGAACCCACGUCGGCACUCGACCCUGCCGCUGAGAGACAGGUUCAAGCAGCUCUCGAUGCGGCUAGCAAAGGAAGAACUACUCUUGUGGUAUCACACAGGCUGUCGACGAUCGUGAACGCGACGCGCAUCGUGUACAUGGAGCAAGGCGCGGCGCUGGAGCAGGGCUCGCACAAGGAGCUGCUCGAGCUGAAGGGGCUCUACUGGCGCCUCGUGCAGGACGACCUCACCAGCAAGUCAGUGCCAGUAAUUGUUCCAUCGGCAAUAAACCGCAACAGCAUGCGAGGCAGCUCGGUGUCCCUCGGCCACAUGCCGAUCGUCGCUACGGAACCCGUCACCCUUGUUGACGACACGGAAGUGUGCACAGAGGAGGAGGUCCCGAGCGCGUCAACUUGGGAGCUUCUGAAGCUGAACAGUCCAGAGUGGCGCCUGCUAGUGGGCGGCGCGGUGGCCUCGCUGCUCGUCGGCGUUACUAUGCCGGUCUUCGCGCUGCUGCUGUCCAAGCUGUAUGGGAUGUUCGACUCUUCUGACAAGGAAGAGAUCCUGAGCGAGUCACGCAUGUACGCCGGCAUGUUCGCGUUGGCCGCGGCGGCGUGCGGCUGCGUCACCUUCCUGCAGGCCUGGCUCUUCAACCGCGCCGGCGCCGGCCUCACAGACCGAUUGAGACGACAGUGCUUCGGCAAUUAUCUGCACCAGUUUGAUCAGGAACAAGCGUGGUUCGACGAGCCGAGCAACUCAGUGGGAGCACUAUGCGCACGACUCGCGACUGACUGCGCCGCCGUUCAGGGAGCUACUGGUACUCGUCUGGGCACGGUGCUGCAGGGCGUGAGCACGAUGAGCAUCGGCGUGACGUUGGCGAUGUUCUUCUCGUGGAAGAUGACGCUCGUCAGCUUGCUCAGUGUGCCUUGUGUGAUGGGUGGAAUCUGCCUGGAGAGCUACGUGACGCGGCGCACGGUGGCGCGCGAGAGACGCGCGCUCGAGGCGGCUGCGCGUGUGGCCACUGAGGCCGUGCUGCGUGUGCGCACCGUGCAUAGCUUGGAGGGGCACAAGCCGGCUAGAAUAACUAGGCUACAGGAGGGUGGAGUCACCUUCCUGCAGACCUGGCUCUUCAACCGCGCCGGCGCCGGCCUCACGGACCGCCUGAGGAGACAGUGCUUCGGCAACUACCUGCACCAGGAACAAGCGUGGUUCGACGAGCCGAGCAACUCAGUGGGAGCACUAUGCGCACGACUCGCCACCGACUGCGCCGCCGUUCAGGGAGCUACUGGUACUCGUCUGGGCACGGUGCUGCAGGGCGUCAGCACGAUGAGCAUCGGCGUGACGCUGGCGAUGUUCUUCUCGUGGAAGAUGACGCUCGUCAGCUUGCUCAGUGUGCCUUGUGUGAUGGGUGGAAUCUGCCUGGAGAGCUACGUGACGCGGCGCACGGUGGCGCGCGAGAGACGCGCGCUCGAGGCGGCGGCGCGUGUGGCCACUGAGGCCGUGCUGCGUGUGCGCACCGUGCAUAGUUUGGGUGUGGAGCAAACCAUCCUCGACCGCUACUCCACCGCGCUAUCAUCAGCCAAGGCCCAGUCUGGCGGCGCCUGGGCGCGCGGGCCGGUAUAUGGACUGUGUUUGUGCGCGCCUACGCUUGGGUAUGCCGUGUCACUGGCGUACGGCGGGUAUCUGAUCGCGAGGGAGGAUCUGCGCUUCGAGUAUGCCGUGCUCGUGUCAGAAGCGNCCGAGGCGCUGAUCUACGGCGCGUGGAUGUUAGCAGAGGCGCUGUCGUUCGCGCCCAACUUCGCGGCGGCGCGGCGCUCGGGCGCGCGCAUCCUGCACGCGCUGCGCCGCCAGCCCGCCGUGCGCGACGAGCCCACGGCGCGGGAGAUCGACGGAUGGACUGCAAAAGGCGAGCUUUCCUUCGAAGACGUGGAGUUCCGUUAUCCAACGCGGCGCCACCAGCCCGUGCUGCGCGGGCUGCGGCUGCGGUUGGAGCCGGGGAAGUCGCUGGCGCUCGUCGGCGCUUCUGGCUGCGGGAAGUCUACCCUCGUGCAACUGUUGUUGAGGAGCUACGACCCCGACGCUGGAUCUAUUAAACUGGACGGGCAAGACAUCAAGUACUCGUUAACCCUUCGCCAGCUGCGCGCGCAGCUUGGGCUCGUCGCGCAGGAGCCGGCGCUGUUCUCGCGGAGCAUACGGGACAACAUCGCUUACGGGGACAACUCGCGCGCCGUCCCGUUGGAGGAGAUCAUCGACGCCGCGCAGAAGGCUAAUGUGCAUGCUUUCAUCGCUCAAUUACCACUGGGCUACGACACGGAGCUAGGAUCAGGCGGCGCGGCGUUAUCAGGCGGACAGAAGCAGCGCGUGGCCAUCGCGCGCGCUCUGCUGAGGGACCCGCGGGUGUUGUUGCUGGACGAGGCCACCUCCGCGCUCGACGCCAAUAGUGAGAAGACGGUGCAAGCAGCCUUGGAGGUGGCUUCGGCAUCGCGGACCACCGUGAUCAUCGCGCACAGACUCGCCACCGUGCGGAAUGCGGACACCAUCGCUGUUAUAGACAAAGGAGUGGUAGCAGAGAGUGGCUCCCACGAAGAACUAGUCCGAAUGCGAGGUAUGUACUGGGACCUCCUCAAGCAACAAGGCCCGGUCGACAGCGCGUGAGCCGCCAUAACGCGGCAGCCAUCUUGUGUCACGUCUAGACGCCAUCUUGUACGAGAUGGCGUAUGUCAGGCAAUUUUUGCGUAGUCAUUUGGUACUUUUAGUUCGACGGUUUCACGACAAAUAUGCGAUGCACUAAAACGUGUGUUGUCGUUUAAGUACAGAGUAAAAACGAUGUAGAUAAAUGCUUUAGUUAGAUGAUACUGCUUGUAGAAAAUUACAACAUGCCAUUCACUCUAAAUUACACGAGUAUAACUUUGAAUAGACUUUAUUCUUUAAACGAUAUCUCAUGGAUUACAGAGACUACAUAAUUUUAAACAUAUAAUCUACCUAAGAGAUAUCGCAUUUAGAAUCAAGUCUAGAACAUUAUUCAUGUCUUCUGUACAGUUGCGUAAAACAAGAUUUUUGAUUUUUAACAAAAAGGGUAAAAACAUUUUGACUGUGGCACGUUUUUGUCCAAAGUAACAAACAUAGCUGAAUAAAUUGUGUAAAAUGUGAGAUAUAUUAUUUCAACUGUUGUUUUAGAAACCAUGCAGUACUUAAGUUUUAUUUUAAAAUUCGUUAAUUCACAUUCGUGUUUGUUUACAAUUGUCUACUAAAAUGACAGAAUAAUUUGUAAGUUUUGCUAUUUAUUUUUAGGGAUCCCAAAUUAGCAAGAGAGAGCUAUAUUUAUGUGUUCAUAAGCUCAGCAAGUUAGACCUUAGAAUAAUUGUUAGAAUAAUUUCAGCACAAAUUUAAAGUGACAACGAAUUUUUGGUUUUUAACUGACCGAUUCUGAAAAUCUGUAAAUCAAACUAAAUUUGACAGCUGUCUUUUUAAAUAUUAUAGCUGUAUCAUCUGUGGAAACCUGUCAAACUUAGUUUAAUGUAGAGAUAAACACGUCUAAGAAUCGACUCCUAUUAUAAUAAUUGUUUUAAUAAUAAUGUAUGAAGGAUAGUCUGUAAUUAUGAUUUUUCUUUAUUUUCUUAAUAAAAGAUAAUAAUAUUCCUGUAUUAAUAUGCCUUGAAGUGCCUGAAUAGAUGUAGUUUAAUGAAGUAUUAGAAUUCAAGUUAAAAUUACUUUUAUGUUAUACAAGGUAGCUAGCACCUUACGUACUUAGUUGUGCAGUCAGCGUCGAAUAUUUCGUGACAUCCGAAGUAGCCAAAAAGUUCGCAGUUGAAACACGUCUUUGUUACGGAUUAUUCCACUUUGUUCACCUGGGUGAUAUCAUCUGGGUGAAGAAAGUGGUGAUAUCACCCAGGUGAAUUGUCACCAGGAAAAUGAAGCUAGGUGAAAUGAUCUUGAGGUGAAAUGAGGACACUUUCUUCGCCCAGAACAAAGUGAAAUAAUCCUUUGUUAUAAUUUGAAUAAGGUUGUGAAACUUUUUUGGUCACAGGGUGUCACGAAUUAUUUGACGCUGACCUACUAUAAUGCAAAAAUUAUUACUUCUACAUGUAACUCAAAACCAAAUAGCGUUUAAGUAUUAAAUCUGUCCUUGUAAUAGAAAUAAGCUAUUUUAUUAUGACUGUGAUUAUUUUUAAGCUAUUUAGUAGAUAAAUGCAAACUUUCGAAUAAUAUUUAAAUUUAAUAUUAAGUAUUAAUUUGCUGUGAGAAUGUUGAAAAUACAAAAAGUACGUAACUAGAAAAACAUUGUUUUUAAGACCUAUUAUUAGACCACAUUAUAGGCCCGUAUUCUCAAACAAAACUUAUAAAAGUCGAUUCAAAAAACCUUAAAGUCUAGAUUAUAAAUCCCGGUCGCCGAACACGUAGAAUUUCGUCCAUUGACCCCAAGCUACCCAGCUCGGCGACCGGACUAUAACCAGGCCACUUUCAGGGUUGUUUUAGAAUAAGGGCCAUAAUGUGUUGGUAUCAGAUACGAUACAAAUCUUGUAUCACAAGUGAGAAUGUAAUAUUUUCAAUGUCGUGCAUGUCUUAUAAUGUUUGUAUUCUAGACGUUACAAUUU